AUGAUCAAAGCUCUACACCUUCCUGAUCAUGAAAUUUAUUUGUGGACUGACUCUAACGUUGCACUCUCGUGGAUUCAAAGUCACCCAUCUCGAUGGAAAGACUUUGUUCGAAACAGAGUCCAUUUCAUACAAGAUGGUGUUCCUCAUGCAAAGUGGAAAUUAGUUCCUGGGAAACAGAACCCGGCAGAUUGUGCUUCUCGUGGUCUGACUUCCUCUCAGCUAAUCAAUCACCCUCUUUGGUGGUCCGGUCCCUCGUGGCUAUCUCAAGAUCAAUCCGUUUGGCCUUCUUCUACAAAUACCCCUUAUAUUACAACUAAUUCAGAGGAACGUCCAGGAGUCUCGCUUCUUGCGAGCCAUCAACGAAUUCCUGAGCUCUGGAACUUGUCAUCUCGAUUCUCAUCCAUCCAACGACUACUGCGCAUUACUGUUUUAUGUCAACGUGCUGUUGCUAAAUUCAAACAUGAGUUAAACGUACCAUUCCUCAGUCCAAUUUCACCUAAGGAGAUACAACAAGCCUUAUUAUUUUGGAUUCAAUCUACUCAAUCAGCAUACUUCUCUGAGACAAUCAAAUGUAUUCUUCAAAGACAGCCACUCUCUAAGUCCAACUCACUUAUAAGACUCACUCCCUUUUUGGAUCACUCUGGAACACUCAGAGUUGGAGGAAGACUGAAAAACUCAUUUCUUGACGAGAAUUCACAAAGUCCCGUUAUUUUACCUAGAAAAUGUUCCUUAUCCUCUCUUUUGAUUUCAGAUGCUCAUCAAAAGACUCUUCAUGGAGGUACUCAGAUCACUCUCUGUUUACUGCGCCAAAACUACUGGAUAGUUGGUGGACGAGCUCCAAUCAGAUCACACAUCUUAAAAUGCAUUACUUGUGCACGUCAUCGUAGCAUCCGAGCGCAACAACUCAUGGGCCAGCUCCCUUCUCCAAGGGUCACACCUUCUCGGCCAUUCUUACACACUGGUGUAGACUAUGCCGGACCCAUCACGCUAAAAACAUGGUCUGGUCGAGGUGCUAAAACUCAUAAAGGUUGGCUGGCUAUUUUUGUGUGUCUCUCAACAUCCGCCGUUCAUCUUGAAGUAGUCACCGAUUACUCCACGGAUAAGUUCAUGGCUGCGUAUAGAAGAUUAACUGGCAGAAGAGGAAUAUGUCACACCUUAUAUAGUGACUGCGGCACUACGUUUCAAGGAGCAGAAUCUGCUCUUAAGGAUCUCUUUACUUCGGCGUCUAAAGAGCAUCUCACCUUAUCUCGACUUUUACUCAAGGACGGAACUCACUGGAGCUUCAUUCCCCCUGCUGCACCUCACUUUGGUGGCAAAUGGGAAGCCGCUGUCAAAUCAGUAAAGUUCCAUCUCAAACGAACCGUCGGAGACACUCCUAUGACCUUUGAAGAACUCUCAACUCUUUUGAUCCAAAUUGAAGCGGUCUUAAACUCACGACCUAUAUCACCUCUCUCUGAUGACCCUGAUGACAUCUCUGCUCUUACUCCUGGGCACUUCCUUAUUGGAGAACCUCUCAAUACCAUUCCUGAGCCAUCUCUUGAACACCUCGCAUGCAAUCGUCUCGACAGAUGGCAACUUUUGCAACAGAAGCUACAACAUUUCUGGAGUCGUUGGUCCUCUGAAUGUCUUCAGAGAUACUUGUCUACCUCUAAAUGGCAUCACCCUUCCAAUGUACUAAAAGUUGGAUCAUUAGUGUUAUUAACUGAUGAACGAAUGCCUCCAAGCAAAUGGCCACUUGCCAGGAUCCUAACUCUUCACCCAGGUACGGAUGGUCUGACAAGAGUAGUUACCCUACGUACUGCAAACUCUACGUUAAAGAGACCCAUCUCUAAACUAGCCAUCUUACCAUCACUCGACUCCGAAGAUUCAACAUAA